AUGGAGGAUAUUGUCACGCGGUGGGCUUCAGAUCUGUCCAAAUACCAGAAGCAAUUCAAGGAACAGGCUACCAUUGUGUCCAACUGGGACAGAAACUUGGUAGACAAUGGCGAAAAGAUCCAGAAGCUAUAUCUGGACACUUUCGAAGCAGAGCGGGCCAGCCAUGAGAUUGAGCGCCAACUUGCAGCUGUGGAGAGCCAGCAAGAGGAGCUGGAGGCUUGGCUGAACCGUUACGAAUCAGAAGUCCAAGAUAUGUUUGCCAAGCAGAUGGGCCCUGGCGAGCAACUUGGAGGACCUGACCAAGAACGUGAACGCACUUAUAAGCUGGCGGAGAAACUCACCCAGCAACUCGACGAGAAGUCGCGAGAUUUGUCCAAGAUGGUCAAGGAGAUCAAUGACAUCUCCGGAACUUUGAGCAAAGGAGCCAAGGCAGAGGACCCCCUGAGCCAAAUUGUUCGGGUGUUGAACAGCCAUCUUACACAGCUGCAAUGGAUCGAUGCCAACUCCUCAGCUCUGCAAGCCAAGGUCACAGCGGCGCAGAAAUCCAGCAGCAACAUGGGUAGCCACUACGGAAGCGGAGAGAGCGAUGUGGCAGAGAGUUUCUAUAGAUCUUACAUGGGACGGAGGUGA